AUGAGCAACGACAAGGACACCCUCGACCUCUCCGCCCUCGGCGCCGCCGUCCCCAAUGCCGCUGGUUCGUUCGCCGCUCCCGCUCCCCACCUCUCUGUUGCUGCUGUUUGCGGGCUGUCUUACCGGUUUCUGUGGUGGUGGUUCGAUGCAGAUCUCAGCGCCGAGGACAAGGCCAACCUCGUGGAGUCGAUUAAGAACACGCUGCAGGGAUUGGCGGCCCGGCACACGGACGUGCUCGAGAGCCUGGAGCCCAAGGUCAGGAAGCGGGUCGAGGCGCUCAGAGAGAUCCAGUCAGCGGCAGGGCCAAACGGGUCGCAGGCGAUGGCGGAGUUCAUCGGCAGCGCUGUCCCGAACGGCGUGGCGAGCUUCAUCAACGUGGGACACUCCGCGGCGCUCGGCUCCAUCGGCGACGUGACGGGCUUCGGGCAAGACCAGCAGUUCACGGCUGUGCAGAUGCUGUUCAGGAGCUACGAGGCGGCCGAGCCCAUCACGAGGCUGGGGCUGAACGGCAGCUACGAGGAUGACAAGUUGUCGCAUCUCGAGCAUGUCUCAUAG